GAGAACCGAGAGCUCGCCAGCUCGGUGCGUUUUGUUUCUUCUCUUUUACCGCGGUGUGCUGCGGGCGGUGAAAAAUCUCCGACCCGGGUCCAAAUCCAGGUGACGGCCGUUGACCGCGACCGUGGGAGGGGCAGUGGAGUGGUGGCCGGGAGCGAGCGAGAGACUGUGAGAGGAGGAGGGAGACAUCGAGGAGGAGUGACCCGGAAGCAAGCGGAGGGGGAGGAGGAAGAGGAGGAGCGGAUGGGAGUGGGAGCGGUAGCCAUCUCGCGCACGCCUUUCCCCGUACACGGUGCUCCUCUCUUUCCUUAUCUCUCCUGAGAGAUUACCGCGCCCACCCUCCUCGGCGGCGGAUCGGAGAGGGCGGUUGGUUUCCGGGUGCGGCGGCGGCGCCAUGAAGAGGCAGAGAUCGUACGGAGACGACCUGGACGACGACAGGAGGAGGUUCUACGACCGCGGGCCGCCGCCGCCGCCGCGGCGGCGUCCGGGGGACUACGACGGCGAUGGCUUCGACCGCCGGAAGGGGUUUAGCGGCGGCGGCUUCUACGACCACCGGUACCGGGAGUCCCCGUCCCCCCGGGGGUACGGUGGGGACCGCGCGAUGCACCGGUCCGAGAGCUUCUCAGGCUUCCGCAGGGAGUUCCCCAAGGGGUUCCGCUCGGAGCGCGACCGGUCUCGGCGGGACGGAGGCGGCAGCUCGGCGUGGAGGCGGCAGAGUGGCGGCUGGAGGGAUUCGGAAGGUUUGGAUGGAUACAGGGCGGGGGCGGUGCCCAGGCGGUCAGGUGCGUCGCCGCCUACGCCACCACUGCGGUCGCCGAGUGAGUCCAGCAGGAGGUUUGAGGGUCCGAGGUUGGAGAAGCCCAGGAAGCAGAGCUUUGGCAUUAGUGAGAUGGAGGAAGGGGAGGUCGCGCCAGAUCCUGAGACCAAGGCCCGGCCUGCUGCGGUGGAGCAUCGGAAGCUGAUUGAGCCUGGGCAUGUCAAGGAGAAAGGACUGGAGCGCCGCGAGGCGAAAAAAGUGGAUUCAGGUGUGAGAGGGAAUUUAGGAACUCAGGGUAAGGGAGUGGCUGGUGCAUCUGCUGCUCGCAAUGCAGGGAGGGAAGAAGGGAAGAGCAAGGAUGGUGUGGUUGCAGAAUCAGGAACAGUAACUCAAGCACGGCAUGAAAAAUCAACCGCAGGUGCCGGCGUGUCAAUUGGGAGAGGACAUCAGGUGGAAGAGCAAGAUGAGACUGCCAAUGCUGUCAAUCAAGUUGGGGAGUGCAUUUCAUCCACUAUGAUGCACAAGGCUCCACAGGAGGAAAUGAUGAUACCAGAUGAGGCUGCCAAUGUUGUCGAUGUGAUUGGGCAGAACACUUCGUCUAAUAUCCAGCAGGAACCUGUUGGUGAAAAGGCAGCUAUACAAGAUGAAACUGCUGAAGCUGCUCAGAGGACUUCAUCUAGUGUACAGGAGGAGGCCAUCCAGGAAAAAGUAACUAUACGAUAUGAAACUGCUAAUGAUGCUGAUGAAGAUGGGCAGAGCACUUCUUCCAGCAUCCAAAAGGAGGCUAUUCAGGAAAACACAAUUACACAAGAUGUAACUACCAAUGUUGUUGAUGAAGCUGGGCAGGGCAAUUCAUCUAACAACCAGGAGGAUGCUACUCACGAAAUGGCGACUGUACGAGAUGAAACCACCAAAGCUGUUGAUGAAUACAGGCAGGGCACUUCGUCCAGCACACAUCAAGAAGGACUUCAGGAGGAAGCUAUGGCAUUAGACGAAGCUGCUGAUGCAGCUGGGAAGGACAGGUUGUGCAGUAUGCAUCAAGAAGUUUAUCUGGGCAAAACGAGAGAUCACACUAGCAAUGAUGUUGAUGGGGUUGAAUGUGGCACUUCAUCUGGUCUUCUGCAGGUGACACUGCUGGAAGGACUGGCAUCAGUAGAUAGAACUGCCAAUGCUAUUAAUCCAGAGAAGAUCAAUUCAGGUAUGUUGAAGGAAACGAUUGAAGGAAAGAUAGUGCUUGAUGGAACUGCUGAUGUGGUGCGAGAGGGCAAUUCAUCCAACACCCUACAGGAAACAAUGAAUACAAAGGUAACUGCAGAAGAUGGUUGUUCCAGUAGUGCUCUUGAUAUAGCUGACGAGUGCAAGCAGUCCACUAUUACUGAGGAACGGGUGCAUGAAAAGUUGAUGACUUCUCCAUGCAGAGGGGCUCCAGAAAUGAAAAUAAAUGAAAAGGGUACUGUGUCCAGCAAGAAGAUUAGUGAACCAAUUGAACCUGCUGUGUCUCAACACGUGGAAGAGGCACUCCCACGGGAUUGCUGUGAAAAUAGAGUUGCAUUAGCUGAGAUUGAAGUCCCAGAACAAGGGGCACCUGCUGAGCAUGAAGAUAUCAAGAAGGAAGUACAAGUUUUUUGUUUGAAAGGUAACUCAGUAGGUGCUAAUAUGUUCCUUCAGCCAAGCAAGGAACGCAAUGGGGAUAGUGAGGAAGAGGGUACAGCUUUAAAUUUAAUUACAGGGAAGCCUAGUGCUGAAGAUAAAGGAAAGGGCAUAGCAUUUGAUGUCCUUAAUAAAGAAGAAAACAUAGGAGUAGGAAGUUCAGUAGGAAGAUCAUUUGACCUAGCGUUGCAGCCUGACAUUGGCACUGGCCAAACAGAAGUGCUGAAAUCUAGUGGUACUACAGUAAAGCAGGAAGGCGACACACUUAAGAUAGGGAGACUUGACCUUUCACUUAGUUUGUCAGGUGGUUUACAGAAUCCUGAGUUCAAAUGCUCAGUUCCCAGAUCUGAAUCUCUAGCCCUUGCAACUUGCUCUCAAACAUUACCUUCAUCAUAUUUUCACACCAAUUCAGAAGGGUUCACAGCUUCCAUAUCAUUAACCAACUCCCAAACAUUUAUUCAUAACCCUAGUUGCUCACUUGACCAACAAUCAUUAGACAAUUACGAGCAUUCAGUGGGCAGUAAACCUUUAUUUCAGGGUGUUGAUAAGUUGAGCGAUAGCAAAAGAUGGCAAACUCAGUUGUCGAGUGAAUCUACUAAGAAGAGGGAGCCUACUACAAUCCUUCAUAAUACACUCAAAUAUGGUAAUCUAUCAGACAAGACCUUUGUUGGUGUGAAUGUACAGAACAAUGGGAUUUCCAAGGACAUUCAAAGGCGUGGAGGGGUCUCGGGUGUUUUGUCGCCGACACAUAGUCGGGACUCUCAUGAUUCAGGAUUUGAGCAAAGUAGACAUAGAAGGCAGCUCACAAGAGAGAGAAGCAGCAGCAGUCUUACAAGGGGUGAGCUGCAGGAUGGACAACAGCUUGUCUUCAAUGGUGUUGGUGUCAUUGAGAGGAUCGUUUCCAAGAUUGUGUCAGAACCUUUCCAUCAUACAGGAAGGAUGCUUGAUGAGAUGACAAGCAAUUCUGUAACAUAUUUGAGGGAGGCCAUUUCUGAUAUCAUAGCUGAUGCAAAUAAAAGAGGGCAGGUGGUAGCGUUGCAGGAGGCACUUAAAAAAAGGUCUGAUUUGAAUAGCGAAAUGUUGCAAAGGUGUCCGCGCGUGUUGCUGGAGAUACUUGUUGCUAUAAGGACUGGUCUUCCAGAUUUUAUAAAGAAAAGUAAUAGCAUUGGUUCAUGUGAGUUGAUUGACAUUUUUCUGUAUUCGAAAUGCCGCAACCUCUCAUGCAAGAGCAUUCUACCAGUAGAUGAUUGUGAUUGUAAAGUUUGCCAACGGAAGACUGGUUUCUGUAGCUCUUGCAUGUGCAUUGUCUGCUCAAAUUUUGACAUGGCAUCUAAUACAUGUAGUUGGGUUGGCUGUGACGUAUGUCUGCACUGGUGCCAUACAGAUUGUGGCCUGCGCCACUCUCUUAUUCGAAAGGGGGGGAGUGGCUCAAGGGCAUACAAUACUAACGAGAUGCAGUUUCAUUGCGCUGCUUGUGGGCAUCCAUCAGAGAUGUUUGGUUUUGUGAAGGAGGUCUUCCGAACAUGUGCUAUGCAAUGGAGGAUGGAGACUCUGGUUAGGGAGCUUCAGUAUGUAGAAAGAAUCUUCUCUUCAAGUGAUGAUGCGAGGGGAAAGAGAGUUAGACAUUUUGUAAAGCAGAUGAUAAUUAAAUUGGAAAACAGGGCCUAUCAUCCAGAAGUGGUGAAAUAUAUCAUGGCAUUCUUUUCUGAUGACGACUCUAACAUUGUUAGUGGUUCAUCAGUACCACUGAAGGGCAUUCCAUGCAACAUUGCUGAAACAGCAGAUGGAAUUCCUAGUUCAAGCCGAAAGGCACCAUGGUUACCAUCAGUGACCCUGGAGGGAGUUCCAUUCUUAGAAAAACAAGGGGUAAUUUCAACUGCCGGCAGCCCAUCAACACUAACAAAGUUUCGUGGAGCUGACUUCCAGGCGACUGAUAAUAAGCCUACUAUUGAUGAGCUGGAUGGCCUAAUCAGGUUAAAGCAAGCUGAAGCAAAUAUGUACCAGCAACGUGCUAAUGAUGCACGCAAAGAAGCUGAGACUAUGAAACAUAUCACCAUGGUAAAAUACGCACAAAUUGAGGAACAACAUGCUACUCAAAUUGCUGGACUCCAUAUAAAUGAGUUACAAGAGCAGCGUAAGCGAAAGAUUGAAGAACUCCAAGUCAUUGAAAGGACAUACCAUCAAUUUCUCAGCAUGAAAACAAGGAUGGAAGGUAGCAUUAGGGAAUUAUUGUUGAAGAUGGACGCAACAAAACAAAAUUUUAGCACAUGAACCAAGCUAACAAAUCAAGGUAGCGGAUAUCAGAGCGCACUGGACUUGCUUAAUGCAGCCUCCAUAUGAUGAGGCCAGUUCUUGUCAUCAUAGCGUGCCUUGCUGCAUAUCUGGACAAUUCUUACAAAGGAUGCAAGCCUGCGAACCUGCAACUUCAAGCAUCACAAUGAUGAUAGAGGAGCAUUAAUAUUCUCUCUUCUGAGAACAUGCGGGUGGAUCAUUGCAUCAGAAUCGUUGUAAAACCUGUUUGAUCAAUACAAUUUUGAAUCCACUAUGGAUUAUUGCAAGGAAGAGCACAAACUUAACCACACAAACAAGCCUGGAAGUUCAUCGAAGCAAAAUUUCAGAAUGCACCUGUAGCCAUACAGCAUCUAAAUUAUGAAUCGAUGUUGGCAAUAGUAAAGGUAGGCAUGAAAUUAUUCCUCGUAUGUAAAUUAUAAUAAAAGUUUAUGGUUCUGAUCUUCAGUGAGAAGAUGCAUUACCAGUUAUUUUUGUUGAAUCUGUAGCCCCCUGGAGCUAAAUUAUGCAGCAUUUGUAUGUCGGCUGCUUACGUGCACGGGAGUGUGCUCGGGCAUGAAAUGAGUGAAAUUCAAUCCUGCAAUGUCGUCACCAGCUGCUCCUGGACAUCACAUUGCUGCUGAACUGAUG